UCAGUGGUUCAAAUGAAUGGGCUUCCUAAACUACGCCUCCUCUGUCAGGCAAUAUUAUCCCAGCGGUCAGCAGUCACUAAUGUGCAGCGGAGUCCUGCCAAAUCAAGCAUUAUUAUCGCCGACCCCUACUGUCACUUUAAGAAGCACCGAUGCAGCAGACGCAGUUGCCUCAUUUCAUCUCCGGGCUCCAUGGCUGCAGGAUGGACUCUCAUCAGCAGCAUCUUUUCUUCCUGUUGCCACCAGGGACUGUUCAUCGACCAUCAAGUCUGGCGAGAACCGAGGGUUUUCUACGAUGCGCAACUUCCACCUGCCGAAAUGCUGUGAGGGCUCCUAGCGUCCCUAUCUAGAGACAGCUGUGGAAAGAUCGGAGGUCCCUUGCACAUCAAUGUCUCUCACUCCGAGUCGAAAGCCCUCCUCAGGUCAGCGCAGGCGCUCAGUGGGCACUGGUGGCGGCGGCAGCGUGCGAUGUUCCCACAGUGAUGCAUCCAGUAUCCACACCUAUCCCGGUCGGGUUAGGGCAGCGGAGGGCAGCCCCACAGCCCGGACGCAUCCUAGUACACCCAGGCGUCAGGCAAAGCACACAGCAUGCAGUGACAACCAUGGGAUCAGGCCCCCGACCCCGGAGCAGUACCUUACCCCUCUGCAACAGAAGGAGGUGUGUAUACGACAUCUGCGAGCCAGACUGAGGGACAAUGUGGAAAGACUACAACACAGAGACUGUGAAAUAGAUGAGUUGAGGAGCCAACUGUACAGGAUGCAGGAAGACUGGAUAGAGGAGGAAUGUCACCGUGUGGAGGCCCAGUUAGCCCUGAAAGAGGCUCGCAAGGAGAUCCAGCACCUUCAGGAGGUGGUUGAGACAGUGAGGUCCAACCUGAGUGUCCGCGAACAAGACCCCCAUGACACGCACAAGCCAUACUCAGGGUUGCAGGGAGCUCGGCCAGGGGGGAGGUCUCGCUCCUGUGGUUGUUCCCCAGCCAGCACUUUGAGUCGCAGCAGCACCACCCACACCCGACUGAGCAGCGAGGCUCUGCAUUUGGAGCGCAGCUCGAACGCUCCCGAGUCAAGCAGAGAGUCUCGCCCGGCGGGACAAACCCACCUGCUCCUGGAGGCGGCCCUCCUAUCAGAGCAGCUGCCCCCACAAACCCGCAUCCGAGGCCCCCCAGCUGUGCCACGCUCUUCCACCUACGAAAGGCUGUGCAGUGGGGGAGCGGUGUUGCCGAUCUCACACUCCUGCCACAGUCUCAGUAGCAGCUGCAAGUGCAGUGGCCACACCUACCCCCCCCACCAUCACUUGUUCCUGCAUUUACCUCAGGAGGAGGCCCCAGUAACAACUGCAACUGCAGCUGUCCCUGCUACCAAGCCCAUCCCUACUCCUUCUCCUGCAGCGGAGAAGAAGCCAGAGGUGCGCUCCCAGGCCUGCAGCCCGACCAUGACCUGGCUGUGUGAGGAAAGCGGUGUCCAAGAGCUGAGUAUCAUUUCUUUAGCCACAGCAGACAUCACCCCUUCAGAACCCCAUCGCUUUCCAUCGUCUUUACCUGCUGCGUUCCCUCCUGAGCAUUCCUACGGCGUAGAGCCACUACCACCCGACAGACCAGAGGAGGUAACAAAGAUGCCAGGAGAGCCCCACAGCUGCCAACCCCACCCUAUAGCUCCACUCCCAGAGAGGCAGGACGCUGUAGUAGUGGAGAUAGAAGAGGACCAUGAGGAUGAAGCCGAAGGUACAAAUGAAGAUGGGUAUUCCCCUCAGCUCUGCCACUGGAGCCGGUACUUCCUCGUAGAUCUGUUGGCGUUGGCGAUGCCAGUGGUGCCAACCAUGGCGUGGCUGUGUCGAGGGGGGCCACGGGAAGUCAUGCCGGUGUAUCAUAUUGGCUCCCUGCUGAGAGGUUGCUGUGCUGUGGCUCUUCACUCGCUGCGCCGCCGGGGUGCAGGCAGAGGACGCAGGCCUAUCAGCAUGAAUGGAACAACGCCGAUCUAAGACUUUCUUGCUCUCUCUGACAUAAAGAUUACAACUCCCAACCUCUGCAGGCACAGCCACAGCAAUGCUGACUUUAUUACAGUUUGGCUAUGCCGUGUGUUGGAUAUCUCUUAUAAGAUUUCUAGGUUUUACAUAAUGCCCUUGUGAUUUUGUGGUCAUGCCUUGCCUUAGAAAACAAAGGAUUAGUUGUCCAUUAUUUCAUUACUCAAAUACACUUACUGCUACUGCCUGCAGAUUAAGUGGUUGUCUCUUUAUUGGAAUUUGCAUGUAACCCACAGUUUGGUUGGGUUCUCUUGCUUGAAUUAAAAUCCCCUACCAGGAUUUAGAUGAUAUCCUCUGGGCAAAGAUAUUCACUAAAUGUUAUGAAAAGAAGCAAAAGAGAAUUGUCUCAAGUUAAAUGUUCCUCUAUUUUUAUCAUCACAUUUUUAAAAGAAAUUGGUUAAAAGGGAAAGGGAGAGUCACAUUAAUGAAAUAUGAAAUGAAAAUGUUCCGCAAAAAUCAGAAAAAUAAAUUACAGUCAGUACGUCUGACUUGUUCUGAAGUAGUUCAUAGAUUUAAAGAGCACAGUGAGUGUAGGCAGCAAAGUUUUUUACACACAUGAAAAUAUCGACUGUGGUUGAAAGCUGUUGGGACUUUUACCUUUUGAAAAGCAUGUGCAUUAAAUCUAGUUCUCAGGUGCAGAACAGACAGGUUAUUGAUAUUUUUGCCAAUAAACAAAACGUGGGAGUUUAAAA